CUGACCAGUGUCUUGGGAAUGUUAUCAACUUGCAGGCUGCGUGGCUGUGAGUUUUUGUCUUUUGUGUACGAGGGACAACAGAGGCAGCAAGUGUCAAGUGUUUAGUGCUGGCGACAUCCACAGGGCAGUCACCGACCGUCAGUGGCAGACGAUCAUGUUAGUUGACAAACUGGAGACAUUUGUAAAGCUGCACAACACCACGGUUGUUGUCAUUUCUAGUUCUCUGUCUGACGUCCCUCCUGUCACCUCCGUACAGGACUGCUACCCAUCUUGUAUUCAAGAUACCAAGUGUGUGGCCUUCACCCUAACUGACACUUCAGGUUCAUUAAUUGAAUGCACGCGCCACACAAACUCACAUCUCUACUUGACACAGGGAACAGGUGUGAGCGUGUACUUCGUCUCCUUGAUGGUCAAAAGAAUUAUCACAAGUGGACAGACGAGAGGCCUUGCUCCCUCCUCCAUGCUGAACGACUGGUACAAGGCCGCCUGUGUCAUCGACGACGAGUGUCGUCAGGAACACUCCAUAUGCUUUCUAAACAGGUGCCGCUGUCGACCUGGGUUCUUCUUCUCAACUCGUGACUACACGUGCCCUGAUACAUGCAGACCACGUGACCUACAAGACACCUUUAUGGAGUAUUCUGAAAGCGGAAUAAAAGGACAUAUUCUCGCCAUUCAAGAUGGAACAAACCUGAAAACAUGCAAGAACCUGUGUGUCAGUACUGAUCAUUGCUUAACCUUUGACUUUCAAGACACAGGAGGGUGGUGUGUGCUUCAUGAUGUGACGUCACGUGAGGCUGUGUCAGGAUGGUUUCCUCUGACCAGUACAGGGUGGACUCACUACCAGAGAACUUGCCUGAAGUCAGCAGCCUCCUACCCGAGUCCCGCCUGGUACAACUCGUCUUGUACCCAAGACACGGACUGUCCUGACCCAUUCAGCCUCUGUUCGUCGGGCAGGUGUCUGUGUGCAGUGGGCGCCGUUUCUUCUGUACAGGAAGUCACGUGUCGUGCUGCAGAGUCGUGCGGCGAAUGGCAGAAAGCAAGAGCCAAGUCUGGUGCGCACUUCAUUCGACUGAAAGACAAGAAGGAGACGAGUAUAGUGUGGUGUGACAUGGACUCCAGUGGCGGAGGUUGGCUGGUGUUCCAGAGACGUCGUGACGGGUCAGUGGACUUCUACAGGAACUGGACUCAGUAUGAAGACGGCUUUGGUGACGUCACCGGGGAGUUCUGGCUGGGUUUAUCAAGGCUUCACACCCUGACCAAAGAGAGACCAACCCGACUGCGUGUAGACCUCGGCGAUGUAGAUGGACAUCGUCACUACGCUGAGUACUCGACAUUCAGGGUGGACGGUCCUGAGACAAACUACAGACUGACCGUGUCCAACUACUCGGGUGACGCGGGGGACAGCAUGGAGUAUCACAACCACCAGAGUUUUUCAACGUUUGACAGAGACAACGACAAGUCCUUAGGCAACUGUGCCGCUAGCAAUCAUGGCGCCUGGUGGUACAGAAUCUGUCACGUGUCCAACCUCAACGGCCGAUACAAAGCUGACGGGGCCUCAGGUCUUGACGGCAUCAGAUGGCAUCACACCUACAAAGACGACAGGAGCUUCACCUUCAGCGAGAUGAAAGUACAACCAGUGUAACACCGCCUUGUCUCCUGUACUCUCACUGCUUACACCCUCAGUCUACUGUACACCACACGUCACACUCGUGAUGUCACCUCAGUGCAGAUGACUGGUCUCGCAACUUGAUGAUGUUGCUAAAUUUAUUUUAAUCUAGUUUUGCUUGCGUAAAUCAAGACGAUUUAAAAGUAAACAAAAGUUAAUUUUCAAUCAUGAAAUUAAAAUAUUUAUUGUGCGUAUAGAUAACCGAUGGUUUCAUCUUCAAAAUAAUACACAAGCACAGAGACUGAAUGUAUCAAAUACUGUUGUUUAUUUGUGUCACUGAUGACAACAACACAAGACUUAAAUUGCAUCAUAGAAAAUUUCUAUAAAGUUCCGCUGUGUCCUUGGUUUCCCUGUAUUUAACUGAAAGCUUAGACAGACUUUUAAGAUAAGUAGAAUUUUCAAAUAAACAAAUAUAAUGAUUGUCAAAGGUAAAUUGAUAUUGAUAUAAAAGGAAUUAAAGUUGCAAACAAUA